CUGAAGGGCAAGUCGCUCGAGACACUCGCACGAUUGGGAGGUUACAGCUAUCUCAAGCCCCAGGCAGACUUUGCUCCUGCAGUACUCAAGCUCCCUGUAUGUUUUGCGGCGACCGCGACAUAUCUGCAAAUCUACGGCCACAGGGUAGAGAACCUCUUUUUCGACCCCGGCGACAUGAAGACCGCAUCCCGCAUAUAUGAGCACUUUGCACACCAGGUCUUAUCAGCAGAGCGAGAAGAAGACAAGAUCCAGAUGACCAUGCGCAGUAACCAGAUGCCCGUGGAUAUAAUCGAGCCAUUGCAGCGAGAUACAACCCCUGAACAGUCACCGUCGUAUAUUCUCAGUGUGGCCUGGGUCUUCAAGGCCUUGCUAGCGGGUAUUCCCGAUGGAAUUCUAGGAUCCAAGGAGCUCUAUCAGGUUCUGGUGGACAUUUCGUACGGACGUCAACCGUACAUAUUCAGCAGGCGGAAAUCAAAGGACCAAUCAAAAGCACAGGCAGAGCCAGAACGACCGGAUGAUUGCUUGGAGGGGUUGACGCCAUGGGAACACACUCAGACCAAAGCAAUCGCGCUGGCGAUCCUGUCAUUGACGAGCAAAAUGCAUCUUGAACUCAUCUGUGCGGUGUUUGGAUUGUGCGAGGUACUUCUCCACGAGGUGCAGCGACACGUUGAGGAUCAGUGGGUGCGUAACAUUCCGAGAAAACAGCAACUACGACCCAGCUGGGCGGCGGGUCUUCUGGAUGUGGAUCGGUUAAGUCGGACGUUGGGACCUUUGCUGGCCAACCGGACGUCGGAUGGGGAGGAAGGACUCUGUCCCGAAUACCGAAUGGUGCCCAGUGCGUUACAGGAGGAGCGGGUGGUGAGGAUGCUGUUGGAGCAUUGGCGCGGCGUGAGUCGGCAGUUGCGGUGGUGGGAA